UCCUGUUCGUGUAAUGUUUACGUGGUUGAGCCGACAAAAUAAAAUUUGUUAAAAUUAUUUUUAAAUAUUUUGAGUCAUUUAAAAAAGUCUUUCUACACAAUUAAGUCGAGAUGUCGAUGAAGGUGCUUGUGACUGGUGGAUCUGGUCUUGUUGGAAGUGCAAUUAAGCAAGUUGUUGCUGAUGAAGCUCCAGAAAAUGAGGAAUGGAUAUUUUGUAGCUCUAAAGAUGCAGAUUUGUGUAACUAUGAAUCUACAAAGCAGCUUUUUGAGCAGCACAAACCAACACACGUCAUCCACUUAGCAGCUAUGGUUGGUGGAUUGUUUCACAAUAUGAGCGAUAAUUUAGGAUUCUUAAGGCUCAAUAUGAUGAUGAAUGAUAAUGUUCUUAAAUUAUCCCACGAAUUUGGUGCUAAAAAAGUUGUGUCGUGCCUGUCUACUUGUAUAUUCCCAGAUAAAACAACAUAUCCAAUUGAUGAGACUAUGGUACAUAAUGGCCCACCUCAUGAUUCAAAUUUUGGCUACAGCUAUGCAAAGAGAAUGAUUGACAUUCUUAACAAAGCAUAUCAUGAGAAGCAUGGAUCAUCAUUCACAAGUGUCAUACCUUGCAAUGUAUUUGGACCACAUGAUAAUUUCAAAGAAGGAGUCAGUCACGUUAUUCCAGGAAUGAUUCAUCGUUUACAUAAAUUAAUUUACAUUGAUAAUCCAGAAGUUCCACAAGAGCAGAAGGAGUUUGUUGUUUAUGGAACUGGGAAGCCAUUAAGACAAUUCAUUUACUCAUUGGACCUUGGAAAGCUAUUCAUUUGGGUAUUAAGAAGUUACAACUCCGUUGAACCAAUUAUUUUGUCAGUUGAUGAAGCCGCAGAAGUUUCAAUUGCACAAUUAGCUGAGUCAAUUGCAGCAGCUUUUGAUUUUAAGGGUAAAAUUGUCUUUGACACAACGAAGGCUGAUGGUCAGUAUAAAAAGACAGCGUCGAAUCAGAAAUUGAGAAGUUUACUCCCUGAAUACAAGUUUACUGAUUUUGAUAAAGCAAUUAAGGAUUCUGUUAAGUGGUUUAUUGAUAAUUAUGAAUCAGCUAGAAAAUGAAGACUUUGAAAAAUUAAUUUUUAGAUAACAAUUAAAAAAUUUAAAUUCAAUACAAAUGUAAGAUUAUCUAUCAAAGUUCAAGAA